AUCUCUUUCCCCGCUUGUUACGCAAAAUCUUCGGUCUUUCUCUCUCUCUCUCUCAUAAUACCCACCAAGUUCUUGAAAUUGAAAAAAGUCGAGAUUUUUAUAAAUUUAGAUUAGAUAUUAUGCAAGACCCAUCAUCGGUUUUUUCUCCGAUCACACCUUUUUUGCCGGAGCACGAGCAAUUGAAAUGCCCUCGUUGCGAUUCGACCAACACAAAGUUCUGUUAUUACAACAACUACAAUCUCACUCAGCCUCGUCAUUUCUGCAAGAAUUGCCGUCGCUAUUGGACUAAAGGCGGCGCUCUUCGUAACAUUCCCGUCGGCGGCGGGACUAGGAAUAAGAACGCUAAAAGAAAUUCCAGGCUAUCUUCUUCUUCUUCUUCAUCUUCUUCGUCCGUUGUCGCAAAAUCGGGUCCUUCUCCGACAUCAGAAGCGGCGGCGUCGGUGGUUGCAGCAGGUGGUGGUGGUGGGAGUUUGAAUUAUUUGGCGGCGGAAUUGAAUGUGGUUGUGGAGGCAGCAGAGAGGAAUUUACGGAGCAGUAAAAAGAUUUCAAACGGUAACUUUUUGUUGGGAGUUGAGGAUAACGGAGAAUUUUCCGAUGGUCGGCGGCCAGGCUUUGUUAUUUACAAUCCAGCCUCUACGAGUCAGUAGAGAAAGAAAGAGCUGGUUCAGGAAUUUUAGAAGUUUAAAACUCUUUUAUCAUUAUUAAAAAAAAAAAAAAAAGCUUUCUGUAAAAAUA